UGACAUUCUCACCUUUUUCGUGAAAAUUACCAAAAUAAAAUAUUGUCGUUCCAAGUUCUUUUGGGCCGUGCGGCGGAUUUUUAUGAUUUCUUCAUGAUAGAAACGUUAUAUCAUCAAAUAAUUGUGUUUUUUGAAUAGAAACAAAUACAACAGUUAAAUAAUGGCUUCCAAUGAAGGGUCUGUAGAUGGCACCAGCGGGGAGUGUGAGGAGCCUGAGGACCCUUCAUCUUCAACCUUGGCUGAGGCCAUAGAAAAAAUUGAUUUGGAGCCAAAACACCCGCAGGAUGAGCUUACGGAGUUCCGUCAAAGGUGGCGACAGGAACUGGAGGUGAACUCAACUCCAGAACCAGAGUCGACCCGCACUCCAGAGCCAGAGAUUAAGCCUGCUAUAAAGGAUAAACAAACAUCUCCAAGAGAAGAUGAUAUGGCCACAGAGCCUCAAGAUGAACAGACUACUUUCCGGCAUAAUUGGCGGCGAGAGUUAGAGGCCACCCCCACUCCGGAGACCGAGGUGACACCAGUGACUGAAGCUGAGCAAACACCACCUGAAAGUGAGGAAGAAAUGGCCAAGCGCAUAUUCUUGCGCGCGGCGGAGCUGGAGCGGCGCGGGGAGCCGUACGAGGCUGUGCCGCUCUACCGGCGCGCGCUGCAGCUCGCGCCCGACGUCGAGGUGCGCUUGUACUGCGCGGGCGCUCAGCUCGCCGACCAGCACCAGGUGGAAUCGGAACCGGAAGAGGUGCCGACUGAGAACCAUAACCAAAGUGAUGACGAGGAAGAGUGGAUCGAGGGUGAAGACCUGCUGACGAGGCUGCAGCGCAUCGUGAACAGGAGAGGGGUGCUAUGUGAGCCGGAGAUACCUACCAAGGAGGCGCACCUGUCGUGGCUGCCGUGCGAGGUGGUGGCGCUGGUGCUGCGCUGGGUGGUCGGCAGUGAGCUGGACGCGCGCUCGCUGGAGCGCGUCGCCGCCUGCUGUCGCGGCCUCUACGUGCUGGCGCGCGACCGCGACCUCUACCGGGACCUGUGUCUCAGUACGUGGGGUGUGGAGUGCGGCACCCCUCGCGGUCUGGGGCUGGGCUCGUGGCGGGAGAUGUACAUCAGCCGGCCGCGGCUGCUGCUGCACGGCUGCUACAUCUCCAAGACCACCUACCUGCGCCAGGGGGAGAACUCCUUCCAAGACCAGUUCUACAGGCCUCUGUUCCUCGUCCAUUACUAUAGAUAUCUGAGAUUCUUCCCGGACGGCACUGUGUUGAUGUGGACGACGCCGGACGAGCCGGUGGGCUGUGUGCCGCAGCUCAAGACCAAGCUGGUGAAGGCUGCGCUGGGCAUCAUGACCGGGCAUUACAGGCUCAUGGGCGACAAGGUUGUGAUCGUGAUCAAGAAGUCCACGGACAAGAAGCAGCCGCCGUCCAACCACACGCGGUUCAGGUCGCGGAGACGCGAGGUGCCCGAGCAACACGAACAGAUCUUCCAUGUGGAAUUAGAACUGCGCGACGUCCGCCACCGCCGCAACUUUCAACUGGCCUGGCGCGCGUACUCCAUCUGCAGCCGCAGGGACCAGUGGACGCAGUUCGACAUCACCCCGGCCAAGUUCCCGCCCUUCGCCUUCAGCGGGGUCAAGAGCUACAUGGCUGAGGCUACCGCGCCUUUGUAAGGAACUGUAAUGCUAAAAUCGCCAAAAACUGGUGACGGUCGACCAUCAAGUAAGUGAUGAUAAUGAAUGAAAUUGUUGGUUAUUAAUUGUAAUUCACUAAUGAUUGUAAAUGUUAGUUGGCCAACGCUGAUGUUUUCCCAGUGUCAAGCCCAAAUGUUAAAACGUAAUUAUAAGAGCAACUCAACUCUUGAGCUUAGAACCUUUCACUACCUAUUAGUAGAUAAGAAAAACAGGCAAACCAGGGUUGCCCGAAUGGUGACACACCAGGUGUCAUUAAAGCGUGACGUUCGAUGCUCUGUUGUCGAUGGUCGAUGAUCAGUUGCUAAUUUCAAAUGACAAUUUUGUACUACCUAACAAUCGAAAACACAAAUCUGAUGAUUGAUGAUGAAAUCACCAGAUAUUGACGUAUAUGUUGAUGAAUCUAGCCAUCUAUGACUAGCAUUUAUCUCUAUUGCAAAUCUGCGCAAAACAAUUUAUUUUAUUGAUCCAAUCGGGCCAUAGAUAAAGAAAAACAAUCCGGGCGCUAGUGGAACCGAUCAUUUCCGUUUCACAAUUGCAUUGUGCGUCAGUGUCAGUCAGUUGUGACAGUGACAUAACGUUAAAAUGGUGUUGCAAUAUUAAAAUUAUAUGUAUCUGUGAAUAAUAAUGUGAUCCAUUAUGGAAAAAAUAAUAUAAAUUCAUUUAUAAAGUAUGAAUACUCUUUGACGUGCAAUGGUAUCCAAAUAAAGUUGGACAACUCUAUUAUAAUGUAUGUAUAUCAUUUGAGGUGCCUGUACCUAUUUUGUAGUAGCAACACUUCGUUGUAUUAAGAAUUCAAUAACGAAAUUUGUGAUUGUCUGCUUUAGCCACCUAAUAUUAAGGCCACAUUUUAAGUACAUUAGUAAGUUAUGUGUAAGGGUUAACUCGAUUGAGACUUCUGGCCUUAUUGUGUUGAUUUAGGAUAAUUAUAAUACUUUGGUGAAUUAAAAAUUAUGUUCACCGCACAUUGUAGCUGUGUUUUAAAAUCAAAGAAUUAAAUUGUACUUUAUUUACAUGACUUUACCACAUAACCUAACCCUUUUUGUAAAUAUAUACUUAACCAAUCAUACAUCAGCUAAUAACUAUGUUUUGAAAUGUUAUUAAAAAGGCAACCGAUUGUCUAAACGUAAUGUAAUGUGAAGAAUUAACUAAAUUACGGAACUAACAUACGAAUCCUAUUCGUCAUUAUAUAAGGCUUUAAAGUCAAUAAAUAGUAAUUUUUCGCUAUAUUGCGAACAUAUUUUUGGAAAUAAAAUUGUCAGACCUAAACAGGGAUUACAUAAUGAAAAAGUACAAAAUUUUGAUUUACUAUACAUAUAUGUAAUGAAUUAAUUGCGAAUUCCUCGUGUGAAACUUGCACACUUGAUAAAUUAUGUCCUAUCAACUCGAAAUGGCUAUUUUCAUAUGUUAAAAUUGUUCCGGCCUUAUCUUUCAUAAUAUUGUUUGUAUAAUAUAUGCUUUCUAAAUCACAAUGUAUUCUGCUCCUUCAGUGAUCGCGUGUAAAUAUACCUAGACUGCUUGUUAAUGAAGCCUAAAAGGCAUUCAAAAUACAAUUUAAAUAUAUGUUUAAUUAAUUUAGUUUUGCGUUCAACGCCUCACGCUGCGUCGACAGUGUAGUUCACUAGUCCAUAAAUUUCAAUAAAAAUCUUAUGAAUUA